CCAAUUCAAGCCAUAUCAUUAUUUUGAUAUAAAACCCUAAAAAACUCACUACAUAUAUAACUGUACUCCUCUUCCCCACGAUAAUUUAAUUUAACAUGAACUCAGUUUGCAUAUCAAACUGUGUCAACGAUGCACGUGACCCUCGUAUGCCGGUUCGCGCCACCUACGUCAACCUCAAGAACUGGCCGGAAUCCGAUGUAGAGCUCAUAAAAUCGGUCCGACGAGUAGGGCAGGGUUUGCAUGGCCACCCUAGAGUGGUGGACAGUAUCUCCUGCAGGCAGAUGUAUCUUCGGAGCUAUACGUUUUCGAGGAAAGAAAGCGUGCCGGAGAAGACGAAGAAGUGCUUAGGGAGAGUGAAAGAGAAAGUUGCUAAUCAUGGAAAGAGGAAGAGAAAAGAAAAGGGUAGGAAAAUGAAUAAGUGUUUGGUUCUUAGGAAAAUGAAAGAAUUUUCUUGCAAUGCAUUGUUUAGGAUUUUUAAUCGAUUGUUGUCUUGUGGUGCUAGCGUAGAUGUUGUUGAUCAUAAUAAUUAGUUUUUAUCUUUAUUUUUUGGUACUUUUUUUUUUUAAAAUGAUCCUCUUUUGUUUUAUUUAUGUUUUUAAGGUAUAAUCCCCUUUCUUUUGUAUAAAUCUAUGGUUAUGUUGUUAAUUUAAUAAGACAAAUUAUCGAAUUUUACCUUUA